AUGUCUAGCAAUAAUUCCUCCCGAGCACCAAACUUGAGUUUACAAACGAAAUUUUCAUGCAAUCAAGGUUCCUGCGAUUAUUAUUCGGCGAAUGCGAAUUCCGCUUGCGGAGGUCAAGAUUGUCGAACGGAAGCUGCGACUUGGUAUGCUUGGGAAGUGGCCGGGAAUAAUAGUAAUGUGAAUGUCGCUUCUCAAAAGACUGAUGGGACUAGAGAGCCUCCUCCUACGCCUGCUCCAGGGGGGCAAAUAAUCUGA